AUGAGCGGUGGUGGUGUCGAUAUCAUGGAUAGGUUCUGGAGCUCCCCUCCGGUCACACGGACAAUCGUGGCAGCCAUGUUUGCAGAGUCUGCUUUUGUCCAUGGAGGCCUCAUCAACCCCAUGUGGGUAAUCUACCGUAAUCCCUUCAUCUUCAAAUUUCCUCCUGAACUCUGGCGACUUCUUUCCUCCUUCAUCUUGACCGGGGGCGGAUUUUCCUUCGUCUUCGACCUCUAUUUCAUGUACACAUACGCCUCGGGCUUGGAACUUAAUUCCCCUCGAUUUGGUCAACCUGGAGAUUUCUUCACUUACGUAUUUUUUGUGGCCACCGUUAUCUUGGUAACCGCAGGUGGUAUCCUUGGAGGCGUGAUUUUCACUCAAGCCUUACUCUUAGCCUUCAUUUACACCUUCGCCCAAGACAACCGUGGCAAGAAAGCACAUUUUAUCAUCCUUCAACUUCCCGUCGAGCUUCUCCCCUGGGCUAUGCUUACACUUACUCUCAUCAUGGGUGGUCCACAAGCAGCUUUGCAGCAAGGAACCGGCGUCAUCGCAGCACAUCUUUAUGACUUUCUCACGAGGUUGUACCCAACAUUCCAAGGCGGAAGAAAUUACAUUCAAACUCCGGCAGCAAUCAAGCGAUAUUUUGGUGCGGAUAGGAGCUCCUUCAGUCACAAGGCUUACGGGACGAGCUUUCGACCUGGACAAAAUAUCCCCCGGCAACAGAGCCAAGGCUGGACCAGCGGCUUUUCGAGCGGUUGGAAUGGUAGAGGUGUUGGUCGGAGGCUUGGUGGGGAUUGA